CAUCCUGCGAAGUCAAGUUCUUUCGGCCUAUCUCGGCCUCACGAGUAGCCGAAGUGGCGGGGAGACGGACCCGAGAAGGGCGGGGAGACGUUACGUUGACGCAGGCGUGGCCCUGCCCAAUAGGAUUUGGCGGGAUUUCCGAAGGCGGCAGACGGAGUGGGUGCUGCCGCCUGAGACCGCGGCCUGAAGAGAGCUGAGACGCGCCCCAGGAGCGCAGUUAGGAGCUGAAAGUCGCCUGGGUUUCGUGCAGAAGGCCGGAGCAAGGGCGUAGAGAAGUGGGGUGCAGGUGAGGGGGUCUGCAGUCCGUCCGGGGUCGGGCGCGCGCGGGUCCGGCGGACUGUAGUCGGAGCGCGCAGCCCGCCCGGGCGAGUUACGCUGCAGGCUGAGUAUUGAACACUAAGUAAUGGCUAUGCAGAUGCAGCUUGAAGCAAAUGCAGAUACUUCAGUGGAAGAAGAGAGCUUUGGCCCACAACCUAUUUCUCGAUUAGAGCAAUGUGGCAUACAUGCCAAUGAUGUGAAGAAAUUGGAAGAAGCUGGAUUCCAUACUGUGGAGGCUGUUGCCUAUGCACCAAAGAAGGAGCUAAUAAAUAUUAAGGGGAUUAGUGAAGCCAAAGCUGAUAAAAUUCUGACUGAGGCAGCUAAAUUAGUUCCAAUGGGUUUCACCACUGCAACUGAGUUCCACCAAAGGCGGUCUGAGAUCAUACAGAUUACUACCGGCUCCAAAGAGCUUGACAAACUACUUCAAGGAGGAAUUGAGACUGGAUCCAUCACAGAGAUGUUUGGAGAAUUCCGAACUGGGAAGACCCAGAUCUGUCAUACGUUGGCUGUAACAUGCCAGCUUCCCAUUGACCGAGGUGGAGGUGAAGGAAAGGCCAUGUACAUUGACACCGAGGGUACCUUUAGGCCAGAACGGCUGCUAGCAGUGGCUGAGAGAUAUGGCCUCUCUGGCAGUGACGUCCUGGAUAAUGUAGCAUAUGCUCGAGGGUUCAACACAGACCACCAGACCCAGCUCCUUUAUCAAGCGUCAGCCAUGAUGGUAGAGUCCAGGUAUGCACUGCUAAUUGUAGACAGUGCCACCGCCCUCUACAGAACAGACUAUUCGGGUCGAGGUGAGCUUUCCGCCAGGCAGAUGCACUUGGCCAGGUUUCUGCGGAUGCUUCUGCGACUUGCUGAUGAGUUUGGUGUAGCAGUGGUAAUCACCAACCAGGUGGUAGCCCAAGUGGAUGGAGCAGCCAUGUUUGCUGCAGAUCCUAAAAAACCUAUUGGAGGAAAUAUCAUUGCUCAUGCCUCAACAACAAGACUGUACCUGAGAAAAGGAAGAGGGGAAACCAGAAUCUGCAAAAUCUAUGACUCUCCUUGUCUUCCUGAAGCUGAAGCUAUGUUUGCCAUCAAUGCGGAUGGAGUAGGAGAUGCCAAGGACUGAAUCGUUGGGUUUUUUCCUGUGAUAAACCUUAAGUGCUGCAGCCUAAUGGAGAGGACUGCUCCCUGAGGGUCUUCACAGGCCUCUUCCUGUUGUGACUGCCAGGAAAAGGCUUCCAGGAAAACAGCUAUUAUAUCGGCUUUUCUUACGGUGUAAACACGAGACAGGUCAGUAGUCACAAGCUGAUCUGAAAUGUUUAUUCCUUCUAGUAUAUUAAUCUCUAUGUGAAUUCUUUGGUUUGGGGGUGUAGGUAUGAAGUACCUUUGACAUCAUAGUGCCUUGGGGUUGACUCAGGACUAACAGCUAUUGGCCAAUCUUAUGUCUCUAAGAGAACUAAAACUGGAGAGACCUGGCUUCUCUCACUGUCUGAAUAAUGUUGGGGAAAAAUAUGCCUGAGCUAUGUGGCAAAGGGAGUGGGUCUCCUCACAGGUUUUUUUUUUUCUCUGCCAGUAAAACUCUUAAAUCAGAAGCAGGUAAAGUUUGUGUGUCUGAAUUAGCUUAUAUAAGAAUGUUUUUUUAGAUAAGGGUUAUUGAAUAGGCCUGCUGGGCUACCAGCCCUUCACCAUCUACUCUUUUUUAAUGCUAAGAGCAAUUCAAGAUAGUUCUGGAAUCUUAAACAUUUCGGAAGCUCUUCAAGUAAGUAGAUUCAAUGUGGGACUGCUAAUAAAGUAGUUAUUUGUAGUGAAUGUGCUGCUUGUAGGAGUUAUUCUGGUACAAGCUGAAUAUUUCAGGAUAGGGCCUUCAUAAUAUAGUUUUGGCUCUGGGUAGGGUGAUCAGUUUCUAUUGCUUUAAAAUUGAAAAUUUAAAAGGAAAGUCCCACAUUCAGAUGAUUCAUUUUAUACUCCUUUAACCUUUAACCUAAUAGAAGAUCUCACAAGAUGGCUACACCAUGGCUUUCCUGUGGCCUUUGUUUUUAUUCUUUAAGUUAAGUUUUGUAUUGUAUAGGGCUGGUUCUUGCCCAGAUUAUUCUACUUCAGGGGUUUGAGAUACUCCUUCCCCUUCAAACUUCUACCCAGGAUGGGUUCUAACCAACUCUUCCAAUUUCAAAGGGCUUCUCGGCUAGUAUUAGGAGAGGCAGUGCAAAUCUCUGCUGUUGCCAGUGUUGAUCCUACUAUAUGUAGGGAGAUAGGAAGAUACAAUUUAAUGCAACUUUGUUUUAAAAACAGUUCUGUUCCGUGACUUUAUAGAACAGAGUACCUCCUAGGCCUUCUUUUGUUUCUACAUUACAGAACAAACCUGGGAUGAAAUAAUAAAGCCACAGUAACAGAU